CUCGCCGUUCCGUAGCGCAGCCUCUUCCUCUCUUUCUCUUCCACCGUUCUCUCUGUCCUUCCCUGCCUUUGGAGCAGACAGAGGAGCAUCGGCACGGCAACGGAGCCACACAGGAGCAACGGAGAAGCCUGGAAACAAACGAGCUUCUGAACAUUUCCAACAUCAACAGAUACAUCCAACGUGAAACAGUUCCAAAGGCAGACCGGAGCAACAGAUUGCUCUUUAGGUGCAACUGUUGCUGAAACUGAUGGUGGCCCACAUGAUCUGAGACGAAGCUGGCGUCUGCGGAUUCGGGAAGACAGUUUCUCUGAAUGAAAGAAAAGCACUGACUCUGCCCAUAGCAGGAGGAACCAGCACUGCCAGGCGACGAGAAGAGAGGUCUCUGAUUCAUCUGGGAAAGCAAGACGGUUCAUGCAGGGCGUGAACAUCACCUUUACCACCCCGUCGUUCAUCCUUCUGCAGAAACCAAAGAUCACAAGUCAUUUGGAUGUGCAAAAUAGAUGGAGGAUGUUGGUUCAGAGGUAAGCUGUGAAUUGAGAAGAGCAACAUCAAGUCUAAUUGGUGCAAAGAUGCAGGUAAGAGCCACCAAGUGUCGCCAGUAAAUCCAGCAGGAAAUGACUUCUGAAGACCACAGAGGGUAAAAGAGCAGGAUGGUUGCAAGUAUCUACUGAAGAACGAAACCAAGGGAGACUCGCAAUGACUGGCAGAUGUUCUUCUCCAACAAAAACUGCAUGAACACGAAGAAAGAAGGCAUUCGUACCUUGCUACUCUACUUUCUUUUUUCUAGGAUGUUUAGCACCUGUGGAGCUUCUUUCAAAGCAUUCAAGCCUUUCCUCCUCCGUAACUUUUGCUGCAGCUAAAUCUGCACCGAUUUAAGUCGGUGUUGGCGUUGUUGUUGUUCCGACUCUUCUUUUCGGGGUGAAGUGGAUCUGCCGUGGGGGCAGCUGACAGCCGUCCAAGACGCCGCGAGCCGUACUCCGCGUGAAGAAUGCCCAGCCGCGCUUGGCCAAGCCGGCCGACCCGGGCCCGACGGCGGGCCUAUACAUGGAGAGAUCGCAGAGCCGCAUCAGCCUCUCGGCGUCCUUUGAGGCCCUCGCCAUCUACUUCCCCUGCAUGAACUCCUUCGAUGAGGACGAUGGCGUGGACACCGAUGGCAGGAAGUUGAAGGGAGGCAUCCAGAGGAGCACGGAGACGGGUUUGGCGGUGGAGAUGCCGAGUCGGACCGUCCGCCAGGCCAGCCAUGAAUCCAUAGAGGACAGCAUGAACAGCUACGGCUCCGAGGGGAAUCUUAACUACAGUGGGAUGUGUCUUGCAUCCGAUGCCCAGUUCAGUGACUUCCUGGAUGGGAUGGGACCGGCCCAGUUUGUGGGGAGACAGACGCUUGCAAUGACAUCCAUGGGCGAUGUAGAAAUCGGCCUGACGGAGAGAAACGGGGGUCUGGAGGUAGAAGUUGUUCAAGCGAGAGGACUCACCUUGAAACCAGGCUCAAAGGGACCUCCAGCGGCGUACAUCAAAGUUUACCUCCUGGAGAACGGAGUCUGUGUGGCCAAGAAGAAGACCAAAGCAGUGAGGAAGUCUCUGGAUCCUCUCUACAAUCAGGUCCUGGUCUUUUCUGAAAGCCCACAGGGGAAAGUGGUGCAGGUCAUUGUUUGGGGAAACUACGGACGAAUGGACCGUAAGAGCUUCAUGGGCGUAGCUCGAAUCCUAUUGGAGGAGCUCGACCUGAGCACCAUGGUGAUUGGCUGGUACAAGUUGUUCCCUACCUCCUCCAUGGUGGACCCGACUAUGGCGCCACUGAUCCGCCACUCAUCUCAGAUGUCUCUGGAGAGCACCAUCGGACCGUGUUGUGAGAGAUCCUAAGACUCAGGAGGGAAACUGUGCAGUUUCCUGUUGCUCAGAUUAAACUGAGUCUGAAGAAACGUUUUUAAACCCUGUAGCUCCGCCUGGCUCAGCCGGUCACCACUUCACCUGCACCAGGAACAAGUUAAGAUUCACAAGUCUGGGGAACGAUCAGAACUGGUUAAUGCCUGUGCUAACCAGCUGGUUAUCCUGCAUUCAUUUGAAAUAUAUCAUAGUUCUGAAGCAGAUUGUUUCCCGUGGCUCCUGGGAACCGCAUUUCUUUUCUUGUUGUAACCGACCAUCCCUCGGACUCUAAGGGAGAUUUCUCUCCCUUCAGACGUCUUUGAUGGAAGGAAAACCCAAACCUCCUUAAUGAGGAUACUUCAAAGCGGAGCUCGGCUGCUGACAUUGAUCACAUCCUGUUGGGACUCGGCGGCUCCGUUUGCUGCAGCUGCAGCCUACAUCCAACUCUCAUUCCCAGGGCUGCUUGUUGUCUUUCUACGUCCUCACUGGAGACCUGAUCAAAUCUCUCAGUCCACCGUAAUGUCUGAGAAACCAGUUCCUAUCGAUAGCAGGACUAAAAACACUAAGGUCUAAGUUAUUUGUUGCGACAUACCAAGAAACACCGGGUCCAACCACAGGAGCAGUUUUUGUGUUUAUUUCUGUGCGUUCCACAUUGGCUGAAUGAUGUUGAACUCCAUGGAACACGUGGGCCAUCCCAACAUGGCUGACAGCUGUUGUAGCUUCUGGAAGGAUCCGGAUCUUAACCUGAAGUUAGGAAUGACGACCGCUGCUGGUUCCUGUUGGUUAGAGCCUCACAUCGCAGCAGUUAGCUGGCUCACCUGCGGACCUACGUUACAGGGCUAAUCCUCCUCAAUCCCCAAAAACUGUUUGCAACCUGCUAAUGUUCACCAGUUACCAACUCACAUGACAUUUAAAGCACUUUUCAGUCUAUUCAGUUGAUGUUGUGUUGAUUUUAAAGAGAAAUAUACAUCCUUGCCUAUUAUAAAAAGCGACGAAGUCAAUUUAUUCUAACUAGGGUUUCAAAAAUAAAGGCGGCAAAGAUUUAUUUUUUGUAAAUUGUGAAUUUUAAACAUCCUCCAGAUUCGGUCCUGGUGUGAAAACUGAGAACUGCAGCUAAGAACCCCAAAAUUAAAUGAAAUUUUAUGCAUGCAGUCUAUUCUGCAGGAUUAUGAUUUUAAUAUAAAGUGGCUAAUGUUAAAUGCAUGACAUUAGCACAUUUAAAUUUUGCUGAGGCCUUACAGGGAACAAAGUGUACCCAGCAUGAUGCAGCCUGGUGUAUUCUGGGUCUAAAGCAACAAGUGUUUGUUCUUAAUUUAUUAUUUCUGCUCUGCUUUGGUUCGUUUUCACCUCCUCGUGCAGAUCACACUGGAUGCAGCGGCUGCUAUCACUGGAAAAUACAAGAAAAGUUCAAUCUUGGUUGCUGUAAAGAGCAAACAGCUGCCUGUGAACCUGGCAGCUGCAGCAGCUCUUCAGAUAAAUUUCUAACAUUCCUCUAGUCUUUUUUAAGCUUUGGUGAAUAACAGUUUCUGUUGUGCCAAUUUCUACCAGCACGUGUCUUCUUCCUCUUCCUCAGUUACCUUGUGGCAUGUGGCAUUGUGGGAGGGACAGCAGAAAAACCCAGCCGCACCACCGAACAGCAGCAUUCAGGCUGCGCAGGGAAGCGCCGCUUUCAUUCUAAAUUAAAGCCCUGAUCCACUGAAAGCCAAGCCACCUGGUGAUUAGCCAUGCUUCGACUGAAAACCGGAGGGAGGAAGAGGAGAGAGAGAAAGAGAGCAUGAAAUGUUCUUUGCACCAUCCAAACAAAGGAUCCGUCUGGACUGACGUCAGGUGUUACAGACUUCAAAAGAGGACGGAGAAAUGGGAUGAACGUAAAGGGAACACAAUGUGCACACUGUAGAGAAAUUUAUUAGAGCAAAAACCAUUUAUUUGGGCACUUUAAGAUCCAUAAUGUCUCCUUUGUGUGUACAUAUGACCACUGUUUGUGUCCUCUGGUGUGAGCCAAAGUGAAUCUGUCAUGACUUUGUUGAUAAAUGUUGAAACACAAGUGGAAGGAGGUGAUGAUAUCUUUGCUAGAUUCUUUUUCUGAGACUGUAGCAGUAGCUGGUAGCAUCUGCCUGACAGGUUAAAUAUUUCUACUAUUAGCACAAAACUUGGUAAGAUUUAGCAUGAGCUACACAGAGGUCAGAGGUCAGAGGUCACGGUUUGAACUGAGGAACAUUCCUAUGUAGCACUUUUAUCCUUUCUUUCUUAAGACGUUCUGUUUCAGCUGCUUUCUGUUAAAAAAUAAAACUAACUCAUCAGGACUUUUUAGUUUUCUGGUUGGUUAGAAGCAACAUUUUGAAAUAAAAUCCGUUUGGUUGCCAUAAUCACUGGAUGAAUUCCUCUAAUUCAAACCAGUUUUUGUGAAUGUGGCCUCUGCUUUGCCGGUAGCUUCGCUCCAAGCAAAUUCCUGUCACUCUGUGAAGCAAUAAAACGUCCAGUUUCAUGGCUGUUCAUGCAUAACAAACACACAAGUUAUGAUUCCAUCACCAACGCAUCAGCUCUACUGUCUGAAGAGCCGUUUAUGUUCCCCAGUGGGAUGUUCCUGCUUUACGUGUCUGUGGGAUGUUUUGACACUAAACAACUAAACAUUAUUAUACAUUUAAUUAUGUUUAAACUCCCAAUGGAAAUGCCUCUAAAAUGCUGUGUGUGUUUAAACAUUUUAGGAGAAAUCACUGCUCUGAUUGGGUCUCAGCUCUGAAGGACUGGGUUGAAUCCUCUCAUUUGGUGGAAACACAAAAAGACUUUUAGCUUUGAAGACAAUAAGCAGAUAAUCACUGAAAGGUGUUGUGUUCUCAGCUAUAAUUACUGAUUUGUCUGGAGAGAAAGAGAUGAAGACACCAGCUCUCCUUCAGCUCAGACAGGGGAAGUUUGAUGGAUAUUUAAUAUCAAAUUAACUAAAUUCUGGUCACCUUUGCAAUAGCUCUUUGCUCACCGUCGUCCAAAACUGUCGAUGCAUGUGCAACACGAGUGAUUUGCAUGUGCAACACGAGUGAUUGUUUUCUGAUAAACCCCUUAAAUCUGUUUUCAGACUGGAUCAAAAUCCAGCAGCAGUGUAGAAAUACACGAUGAUCUUUGGAGAUUAUUGGCGGCUCCUCAUCAUGAUCAACAUUUUGCAGCAGCUUUGAACAGACAACAAACCUGGAGAUCAAGGUUGUGGUGGUUUAUUGUCAUAAUGCUGGCAGCUGAAGUUUAAGACCAGACAAAACCUGAUUUACUACUUUACCCACCAAGGAGCAUCAACCAGUGGAAAACUUAAAAAAAAAUGUAUUUUAUCUUAUGGAUGGUUUCACAAAACUACAAAUAUCCCUAACAUUAAGAAUUAACUGAUGGCUGGGAAUAAAAAACAUGACAGCAGCUAUUUCUGAAGUUUAUGACAUGUUAGUAAAUCUGCAUGAAUCUAAAAUAGACAUAUUUAUAUUUACAUGAAAUAACUGCAGACUGUGACCUACGGAAUGUGUUUGGUGCCAAAGUUAUGACAUAUUGAGAACUAAGUGAUCCACAAAAGAUAACAAACUUCUGCAUUUCUGACUUUAACUUUAGAAAUAAAGCCAGAUGCUUUUCCUGUUAGCUCAAAGCUAGCCCUGCACCCGACGGAAAUGUCCCGUUGCUUCACAGCUCUGUAGAUUAACUGAAUAAGGCCGAAUGAGAGUUAAACUUGUAAAGAUUCUUCCUGUCAUUCACUCCAACUAACAUGCAUUCAUUGGGCAUUAGGUGAAACGUCGGUUAGCUUAACUUGAUUGUAAAACCUCAAUAGCCGGUUUGUAUUGUGUGACAUGUCUGCAGUAAGAAAUGUUUAUGUGCAAAAUGUGCAUCUGCACCACUGACAGAAUCAAAGCCAGUUAGAAGUGAUUGUGUCUUUAAAAGCUGCUUCGGGUUUAUUUGAGAUGUUUUGUCCCUGUAAGGUCUAAUGGAUGAGCUACUGAAAUGAAAUGUUGCAGUUAGCAAACGUCUCACCAAAACGUUACGGCUUCCCUUUGAUUCUGUCACUUGAAUGUUCAAAUGUAAACUUUAUCAAUUGUAAUGUAAAUAGAGGCCUUAACACACAUGACACACAUUUUGUCAGGGCUAAGGACAAAGAAUUGUCAUAUUAUCGUAUCCAAACAACACGAAACAAGAAAAAAAUAUACAAACGGUGUCAACAUUUCAACCCAUCACCAGUAGAGUAGAAACUAUGGAGGUUAUUAAUUUCAUGUGUUUCAAACAACUUUUCCAAGAUGAACUGCACUUUAUAAUUAUUAUUAUUAUUAUUAUUAUUAUUAUUAUUAUUAUUAUUAUUAGUUUGCUAAGACAUUUUUGAGGCCUGUUGAAAACAGAGGACUCUCUAUAAGAACGUUUCUGCUUGCUGCUGUUUUCUGAACGUCUGUUUGGUUGCAGUUCUGCAAAACUCAGUAAAAUACACUAAAUAUCUCAAGUUAAAUAUUUUAACUUCAAACUGGUCUCAGCCUUUCCGACGUGACACUUUUUCAUGUUGGCAUUUUUUAGUUCCAACUGAUUUUAUGUCCAAGUUGAUUUUAUGUCCAGGAUUUCAAGAAAUUGUAACUGUUGCUAGCUAUUAAUAAAUUUGUAUUUUAGUAAUGAUGAAUAACUAUAAUUGGUUAAAUCAACUAUUCCUUUUUAAGGAUAGUUUGAUCUAGUGGCAAUUACAUCGUUGUGAUAUACAGAAAUAAUUCACAACAUUUAAAUCAUGACACAGGAAACAUUCAGACUGAUUUGUUUAGGGAAACUUUUGGUGGAAAUGUGUGUUUUUGCAGAAAAUGCACCUAAGAUGUGAAACAUUGCUCAUGAAAAUGUCUUUCUCAUCAAGCAACAAGAAAUUUGAUUAUGUUUCUUCAUGUUUUGAGUGGCAGUGUGUCAUUUUGAAAGAACAUUUCGGUGAAGGAGUGGGAGGACAAGAGGGUUGAUACAACACCAAACACUGGCUGGUGGAAGAUUUCCUCUGCGCUGCUGCUGUGCAGACGCAGCGGUUAUUAAACUAUACCCUCCAUCUUCUCCAGCAAUACUCAUAAAAACGUUCCCCCUCAUGCCAUCUGGAGCAUCCUCCCAUCUGAUGUGUCCCACAUGAGCACGAGCGAAAACAUUUUCAGGCUGUCUUACUCUGCUGAGAAUCAAAGAUGAAAUCAUCUUUCAUCUAUUUUCGUCACAUUUUGCCGUCUUUGUGAUUCAGCCGCUCAAAACACCCUGAUGUGAUUCUGUACUGCUCUUACGAUACGAAGCCAUAAUAUUUCCAUUCACAGCCUUAAAGUUUCAUGUCGGAAUUAUUUAAAUUUCCAAACAUUUCUUCCUUCCACACAUGUAUAUUUAUAUAUAUAUGCUGGAAGGAGAUGUUUUGGUCUUUGGGAGGGUGUCAUAAGGUUCUUCAGGCCUUUUUGUUGUUGUUGUUAGAAACAGAUUUGUAAAAGCAAAGCUGAUUAUAAAUCUGUUUUCCUCCGUCUAGAGCUUCUACCCAGGGAUAGUUUGUGUCUGUUUUAAGCCUCACCUUCACAGGUUUCAGCUGUCUGUCGUUUCUGAUGUUAAAUAUCUUCACUGGAUACAGUCUCCAUUUGAAAAUCCUGUUUCCUUUUUUUUUUAGCUUCACUUGAUCAACACCAACAAAUGUUUGCAUAAACCUGGUGUUAGCGCAGCGCUAAGCAGCAGAAGCAUGUGUGCAUCGCUUUUAUUUAUUGCUCACGUUUUGGCACCUUGAGGACUGAUUUGUUAUCAGGGCAGGAAAACGAUGAUGCAACUUUAGUUUUAUUCACUGCAUUUAGAUUCUGGAUAUAUUUGCAGAUUAUCUGACAAACUGUUCGGUUGUUGAGUAAAUGCACAAUUUGGUGUAACUGGUGUUCUAAUCCAGCUGUCAAUAAAAUAGUUUAACUCCA